GUGCCACUUUCAGGUCUCCUCACACUGCUGGUGUGUUCCAUUUUUUGUCAUAGGGUGCUGGCAGAUUACGGGCCUCCCAUUGCUGCUGCCAGGCCCGUAAUCUGCCAUGGGCCCCUGUACCGCCUCUUCAUGCUGCUGCCAGGCCUUAAUCUGCCAUGGGCCCCUGUACCGCCUCCUCAUGCUGCUGCCAGGUCCAGAGUCUGUCAUGGGUCCCUGUACGGCCUCCCAUUGCUGCUGUCUCCAUCGCCACACUCUGCCAUGUGCCACUUUCAGAUCUCCUCACACACUGCUGGUGUGUUGCAUUUUUUGACAUAGGGUGCUGGCAGAUUACGGGCCUCCCAUAGCUGCUGCCAGGCCCCUAAUCUGCCAUGGGCCCCUAUACCGCCUCCUCAUGCUGCUGCCAGGUCCACAGUCUCUCAUGCCAUGUGCCACUUUCAGGUCUCCUCACACUGCUGGUGUGUUGAAUUUUUUGACAUAGGGUGCUGGCAGAUUACGGGCCUCCCAUAGCUGCUGCCAGGCCCCUAAUCUGCCAUAGGCCCCUAUAUACUGCCUGUUCAUGCUGCUGCCAGGUCCAGAGUCUCU